AUGUCUUCUACUCCUACAACCACCGGACCGAUCCCGGCUCCCACAAAUACUGUUAAUCCUCUCCCCACUACACCUGCUGAGGCUGCCGCAGGAGCCGAACCAGCUGCUUCAGGAACAGCAUUGGAUUUGCACACACAAACGGAAGAUGCAGCAAAGGAAUACAAGAAUGCGCAGAAGGCUGAGAAGGCUUACGCGCAGAAGAAGAAGUGCAUGACUGCGAGAAAGGAUUGGUAUGAUUGUAAAGUACAUUUUGCAGCUGGAGUGCAGGGGUUUAGAGAGGGAGGCAAAUGUGUUGGACGGGUUGUUAAGGCCGGACCGGCUUUGGCAAUGGAGAAAGUUAAGGGGGGGAAGGGCCAAGGGGUCAAGACUGUGGAUAGUGGUGUCUCGGGGGAGAGUAUCAUGGUGGAGAAGGAGAAUGCUAAUAAGAAGAGUGGUAAUGGUGGUGUGAAAGCAAAGGUGAUGGGGUUGAAAGAGAAACUUUUGGCAAUGAAGGAGAAGAGGGCGAUGGAGAAACAGGCAAAAGCUGAUGAGAAAGCUGCCAUCGCCACUCCCACUGCAAGCGGAGCUGUAGCAGCAACACCAGCAGCAGAAGCUACACCUGUUGUUCCCGCUGCUCCCGCUGCUCCCGUCGCUCCUGUCGCAGCAACCCCAGUCCCAAGUCCAACACAGACCAAACAGGAAAAAAAGAGAAUGACUCUGGAUCAGAGAAUCCAACAAGAAGAAGCCAAAGCGCUCGCGCGUCAGGAAGCGGAAGCCUCCGCGGCAAACGCUUCAGCUACGACAGGAGAAAUCCCAGUCGUGGCUCCAAUCCAAACUCCAGCGCAACCUCAAGGGCUAACUCCAAUCCAAACCACGCAAACAUCAACAUCGUUGGCGAACCCCCCGCAAUUGCCUCCCAAGACACAGUUGAGCCCCCCGGAUCCCCAACGAAGGGGACCAUGGAGCCGAUUCACGAGGACGGGGAGACGGGAGCCCUGCCCUUGGCGAGCGGGAUACAGGGGCCGGGGGAGAUGGGGCGGCGAGGGAUUGAAAGCCAGAGUGGCGGUUAUGGUGCGAGGAAGAUUGAGAGGAGGUGAUGCGCGCGCGCCUGCUUUUCCAUGGUUUACCGCGCACUAUGCAGAUGAGAGUGAGGAUUCGAGCGAGGAGGAAAAGAAAAAAGAGAAGAAAAUCAAUGCGAAAAUGGGAAUGAAAACGAAAACGAAAACAGGAACAGCAACAGGAGCAAAAGAAUCAACGCGAGCACGAAUUAUGGGACAUUUUUCCAGGACGAAAAAAACUGAUGCAGGAAUGAAUUAUAACGAGAAGAGAUUUCGCAGACCCGGGAAGUUGGCGACGUUGCGCUUGAGAUGGAGUCUGUUUGUGUCGAAAGUGAGGGAUAGGGCGAGUGAUGCGUUGGGAUGGGUUGGGGUGUUGAUUAUGGAUUUCUUGGGGAGGGUGAGUGAAGUGGGAGAGGGAAUGAGGAAGAAGAUUGGUGGGAAGAAGGGGAAGAAGGAGAAGAAGGUUAGGUUUUCGAGGAGAGCAUUUUUCUAA